GUCGUCGCACAGAGCGCUUGUGCCAUGUCUGGUCGCGGCAAGGGCGGGAAGGGGCUGGGCAAGGGCGGCGCCAAGCGCCACCGCAAGGUGCUGCGCGACAACAUCCAGGGCAUCACCAAGCCCGCCAUCCGGCGGCUGGCCCGGCGCGGCGGCGUCAAGCGCAUCUCGGGCCUCAUCUACGAGGAGACCCGCGGGGUGCUCAAGGUGUUCCUGGAGAACGUGAUCCGGGACGCCGUCACCUACACGGAGCACGCCAAGCGCAAGACGGUCACGGCCAUGGACGUGGUCUACGCGCUCAAGCGCCAGGGCCGCACCCUCUACGGCUUCGGCGGCUGAGCUCCGCAUCCGUUGCCUAAACCAAAGGCCCUUUUCAGGGCCUCCAUCCUUUCAUCUGAGGAGUUGCGAUGCUGGUUUAGUUCUAGCUUGUGGAAAAAGGAGUUUGGCCUUGAAGUAUCUGUUUCCGUCCUUGUGUUU